GGAGGGAUCACGGGGCGGAAUCACAGAAAACUCCAAAGAAAGAUACCACCACCUCCAUCCGGGUGAAUACUUAUUUAAGAGAUGACAUUUAUUCAGUACUUCCUCGGUGACUAUUACUGUGUAAUUACAGAGAUUAGGCAGUUGCUGCCUGAACUAUUUUCCAAAGGAUAAACAUUACAAAGUAUUGAAUAUGGCAGCUCACCAAGAAAAUCCUAUUGGUUUGGGGGGACGAGAACUUCCAGCAGCCGCAGGGGAUGCUGCUGUUCGGCUGCCAUCUGCAACGAGCUCCUUCGUGCAAUUCGUGUAGGUUCUGUGCAGGGAUGGGGAAACUGCAAAGCAAACUCAAACACAGCACUUACAAAUACAGCAGGCCUGACGGAAUUACAGAAGAGAGAAUUCAAACUAAAGCUUGUCCGGAGUAUAGCCCAGCUCACGUGGAUAGUGUCUCUGUCGUGGCUGCUCUGAACUCAGACCUGUGUGUCUCUGGAGGAAAAGAUAAGACAGUGGUGGCCUAUAACUGGAAAACCGGAAGUGCCGUGAGAAGGCUCAAAGGACACGAACGAGAGAUCACUAAGAUAGCCUGUAUUCACGGGUCCAGCCGGUUCUUCAGCGCCUCUCGAGACAGGACGGUCAUGAUGUGGGACUUGCGUGGCCCCUCCCAGCCAAGGCAGCAGUUCUCUGGCCACGCCAUGGUGGUCACUGGAUUGGCUGUGAGUCCAGACUCCUCACAGCUGUGCACUGGCUCCCGGGACAACACCCUGCUUCUGUGGGACAUUGGGACCGGACAGUACAUGGAGAGAGCUUCCAUCUCCAGGAACCUGGUCACUCACCUGUGCUGGGUCCCCCAAGAACCAUACGUACUACAGACUUCUGAAGAUAAAACCAUCAGAUUAUGGGACAGCCGGGGGCUGCAGGUAGCUCAUAUAUUUCCCGCAAGGCAGCAUAUUCAGACCUACUGCGCGGUCAGUGAGGACGGACGCAAGUGCAUCUCCUGCAGCAGUGGCUUUGGAGGGGAAGGCUGUGAAGCCACGCUGUGGGACCUAAGGCAGACGCAGAACAGAAUAUGUGAAUAUAAGGGGCAUUUCCAGACUGUUGCAUCCUGUGUCUUUCUACCAAGAGCGCUGGCCUCGAUGCCUAUAAUUGCUACCUCAUCACACGACUGCAAAGUGAAGAUCUGGAACCAAGAUACUGGAGAGACCUCGUGUUCCAUGACACUGCGCCCUUGGCCUGAGCUGCUGGUUCCCUCUUCCUCCCCCAGCCUGCCUGUUCACCUUGUCCCUGGAUGGGUCAGGACCUUUGACUUCCCUGGCUGUUGGCGACCCCGUCUCCUUACUGUGUACAAGUUUCAGCAGAGGAAUCCACCUGCUCAGAGUGGAGCACAGCCGAGGGCCGGAGUUGCGGGAAGUGGCGGCGUUCUGAGGCCCGGAGACGCUCGCUGGACAAUAUCAAACCAUGGCCCAUCCUUUCUCGGUGUGGCUUUGUGUUUCCCUGUGAUCUCGUGGGGAGGGCAAUGUGGGAUUCUCUGCUUAGGUUCACUCAGAAGGUAUAUCAGGGUUAGAAGCCAAUAUAAGCCCAGGUGCAGUGUAGACACAUGGACUAAACAUGAGGUUCUCCAUCUAAGGGAAACCCACACGCAGUUUUCAGCGUCGGGACUGUUCUUCAAAAACAAAGUUUAAGGCUCCAAAUGAUGGCCUGUAGCUAUAAGAGUGACAGGCCUCUGUCUGAGUCUGAACAUGGGGUAGAGUGUAUCAGACUGACCUAUUCCAUGUGUCCACAGAAGAAAAAGCUGCAGGGGGGAGAGACACUGCUCAGGUGGCCUCACAGUUACCCAGACGGGAGAGGGGAGCGCAGCUCCGGUGAGGACUUGGGUCGUGGACAUGACGUUCAGCUCUAGUCACUGCUCCUCAGCAAGGUAAAGACGUCGGGCCUUCUACUCGGAGGAGCGGCGGCGUGCAGGUGGCUUGUCCUAGACCAGUGCUCCGGCAGCAUGAAGAUUAGACCCCAGAUGGCUUGAAGGGGCUGACGACCGCACAGCCUGGCCCCGAAACCUAGCUGUCAGACCUGUUCUGUGCACAAAAAAAACGGAGAGGUUCCAGAGAUUAAGGCUAAAAAAAUUUCAUUUGUACAUUUUAAUAUUUUCAUUUCAUUUUAUAUAAACUCUUUCUUGGGGAUGGCCGGUGUGAGGCGAAAGGGAAUCUACCACAGCAGUAGACCACAGAGGGGCGCCUGGGUGGCUCCGGCAGUGGAGCGCCCAACUCUCGAUUUCGGCUUGAUUCAUGAUCUUGGGGUGAUGGGAUUGAGCCCCACGUCGGGCUCCAUGCUCAGCAGGGAGUCCGCUGGAGAUUCGCUAAAAUAAAUAAAUAAAAUCUUUUAAAAAAAAGAACAUAGAACAGAGGGAUGGACUCAACUGUAGGCCAGCCACGGAGUCUCCUUCGGCGAGGAGGGACUCGGUGCUCAGGCCGGCCUCUGUGGCCCCAGGACACCCGUCCCCAGCAUGGUGCUCACAAGCCCAUUUUCCUUCCGGAAAGGUAGAGUCCCUCCUGCCUUCAGGAGAGCCCACACGUAAAACAACAGAGGCCUGGAGGUUCCCUUUCCCAUGAGUCCCAGCCAAAGAAAGACUUCACACUUGUCUUCUCCAGCCCCUGCCUGUCCCCAAUACCAGUAGCUGACGGCCGUGGUCCUUUGUCCCUCUUGCUCCACAUAGGGCUGGCUUCCCCGUGGGAGGAUCUGAGUUUGAACCUCCACUUCUGCAUUCAGUUGAAUGAUCUCGGGUGUUAUAAAAUCUCAGUUUCCUCACUAAUUAAAUCAUACGUUCCUUGCGGUGCUGUCCCGAGGACCAAGUAAAACUGUAUUAAAUGCCAAGCAAGGUAGUGGGUGCUUACAAAGGGUGACCACAGUUAUUUAUUGCUCUCUGGCUGGACUAAACACUUCUUUCCCCACUAAACACACUCCAUCACCCAUUCUCCUUAGGUCUUACUUGUAAAGCUUUAGUCCUUGUUUGGCUUCCCCUUGAUUCCUUAGGUUACGGAUUUUGAGCUCUGGAAGGACAAGGGGGUAGGGGGAGUGUAGAUACUUCCCUGAGUACAUGCAGCUGGCUGGAUACGCUUAUUCUCACUACAGUCCUCAUUAUUCCCGUGUCACAGAGGAGGCUGAGGCCCAGGGACAUUCAGUCCUUUGCCUGAGGUUACACAUGGAGGUAGGAAGGGGAAGAACUGAGAUUUGACAGGCAGGGAUACCACUGUACUAAUGAGGAGGAAGAACUGAGAUUUGAACCGGGGUCUGCCCAGCUCAAAGCCAGAAUACUUUCCUUUCCACUCCUUUGUCUUUGCAUGAUGUCACAAAGUUCAUUUUAGAAAUUCAUAGACCGUGACCCUGUUUGUAUAUUUUCUAGACCAUUAUUAACUUUUUGGUUCCAAGGAGAUCCUCCUGGCCAGGUGCCCAGAAACAGUACACAGAUAUCUCAGGGAAAGUCCUCGCAUAUCCUGAACUGUUAGUGCUACAGCUGACUCUUCUAGAAAGAAGGCAGGCAGUAAGUCAGAAAAUCCAAGGGAGUGGGUAGGGAGGGGAUCCCAGAGAAGGGGGACAGAGGGAAUGUCAUGUGAGAAAAUCGAAUGAAUCAGCAGGGUUCUAUUAGCAAUAAAAUUAUUUCCCUAAACUCUGUGCAUUUGUUUUAAGAUUUUAUUUAUUUGCUAGAGAGAGAGCACACAAGCAGGGGUAGCGGCAGGCAGAGGGAGAAGCAGGUUCCCCACUGAACAAGGAGCUCCAUGCGGGACUCGAUCCUGGGACCUUGUGAUCAUGACCUGAGCCAAUGUCAGACGCUUAACUGACUGAGCCAUGCAGGUCCCUUUAGGCAUUUGUUUGAUGUAAAAAAUUCCUUAUCUGUGCAUUUUAAGUGGAAAACAGAUUAAUAAAUGCAAAUGUUUAUAUAGAAUUUUUCAAUCUUACAUGCCCUAAUCAGGUGCUCUCAGCACCUAAGAUACAAGCUACUACAAUGCAUUAAUUUGCUCAUUGGACAUUCAUUGAACACUUCAUUUUAGAGGCUG